CGGAAGUCAAAGCGUUCUCGGCUGAAUGAAUGUAGCCCAGCCAGCUUGUAAAGUAUCUACGGGAGUACGGCAGCGCAGGUAGCUAUUUGUAUCGCUAAAACAAGUCAUUCUGGAAGAUGAAACCAGUACAUUUAUUGUCCAGAAACAAACAUUUUGUUAUGGCUGCUUUAAGCAUUGUAAUGGCUCACGUGUCGUACAGUAAAUUAACUGUACCAGCAAUUGCUACUUACUUUGGCACAAAAUGCAGAUAUGAAGACGUGAACUUACAUUUAAGGGACGAUAUUUUAUUCGUAAAUAAAUCUCUCAUGGGACCCCCAUCCGCUGCCUGCAAGGCAGUACACUUAGUGGCAGUACUCAGGCACGGAACACGCUAUCCCACAGCCAAGAAUAUUAGAAAGCUCGCAAGCCUGUACGAUCUGGUUAUGGCCGAGGCGUCAGGGCCUGCCUGGUGGCUGGAGGGCAUUAAAAGUAAUUGGACAAUGUGGUACACAGAGGACAUGGACGGCAAGCUAGUAACGAAAGGAAAGGAAGACCACAGACAUUUGGCUAUCAGGUUGGCCAAAACAUUCCCGACGCUGAUGUCCCGGGAUAACCUUCUUGGUGAACGCAUUGAGUUUCUGACCAGCUCUAAGCACAGAUGCGUUGAUAGCGUCAAGGCAUUCCAAGAGGGCCUUCACCAACACCUGGAUGUGCGAGGCUUGGGCUUCACACACUAUGUGAAUGAUUCACUAAUGAGAUUCUUUGAUCAGUGCCAAAGAUUUGUUGAAGAUGUUGAGAACAGCAAGACAGCGCUGAAGGAGGUUGAAAUUUUCAAGACAUCUGUAGAGAUGGAAGGAGUUAGGAGGAAGAUGGCCAGUCGCUUACAGAUUCCACACAGUCUAAUAACAUCAGGUUACUUUAAAAAUUUAGUUGAAGCAGCUUUCUUCCUGUGCUCUUAUGAGCUGGCAAUCAAGUCUGAGAAUUCUUUAUGGUGUAAUACGCUGGAUGAGGUGGAUGCCGAGGUCCUUGAAUACAAAAAUGAUUUGAAACAGUAUUGGAAAAGAGGCUAUGGCUAUGACAUCAACCGCAAAUCGAGUUGUUCCCUCUUUCAUGACCUUUUCAGACGACUGGAGGAAGCUUCACAUUACUACAGGCUCGGCAAGGCUACCAAGGCAGCCACCGUUCAGGUUGGCCAUGCAGAGACUCUGCUCCCGCUGCUCUCUCUGAUGGGGUUCUUCCGGGACAAAACGCCGCUGACCGCUGAGAACUUCUCAGUGCAGCGCGGCCGCAAGUUUCGCACCAGUCAGCUCGUCCCUUACGCGGCUAACCUGCUCUUCGUCUUGUAUGAGUGUAGGGAUGAACUGAGACUGCAGUUCUUUCUCAAUGAGAAACCAGUGCAGUUCCCCAGCAUGGGUCACCCAGCCCCACUCUAUGACACGGUCAGGGCCCACUACUCCAAACUCCUGCAAGGCUGUGAUUUUAACAAAGAAUGUGAACUGCCCAAAGUUAAUCACAUGAACACAGAACUAUGACUUGAGGAGAGGACAGCGGCAAGGUGGAUGGAAAGGUUGCCUUCUGGUGCGUUAAGGAACAGUUUUUCUUCAGAGAUUAUAGUUUUUUAUUCUCGGCAUUGAUAAAGGGUUAAAAUAGCUUUUUUCUUGAUUCUCACAAAUGAAAUGGUCUAACCAAAUUGGGUAUAUGGUUUAUUUUUUCUUUAAAUAUUUUUUUUUUCCCUUUGGUUGAAAAUAUCCAAAGGAGUAUAAGUUCUACAAUGAUUUUGUGUGAGUAUUUUCUGUCUGCUGGAUUUUUUGACCUGAAGUAUCCACUUCUGAAAACAUCAGUCUGAAUCAGCACUUAAUUAUUAUAAGCUUUGUUUCUAAGGUACCAAAUCUUCUUUCAACUUGUAAUGGUAAACUUUUGCAGUGACAAAUAUUUUUGUUCAUAGAUCUGUACAUGUUUUUUUAUAUAUAUAAGGAUUCUGCCCGACUAUCAGAAGGCUUGUUUUAGUUUGAGUAUCCUGUUAUGAUAAUUUACCAGAACGUCAGUGUCAACAUCUCAGUGUUGUGUUCAGAUAUUUGACAAACAAAAAAGUUUGAUAUGUUUCCCUGUUUGAGAAUUUCAAGAACAAUUUGAGGUUGAUGUAAUAAAUAUUUAUCAAUACUCAAGCUAGUAAUGUGGU